CGAUAUGCCAUCUUCAAUCCGUCCAUGGCUUGAACACUGAGCAGCCCCUACCCACGCUUCGACCCUCUCUCUCUCUGUCCACACUUGUUCUUCGCGAUGAUUUCCAAGAGCGACUCUCGCGCUCUUGCUUCGUUCGGCGUCGGAUUCAGAAUGCAUCGAUCGCCGCGGAUAUGGUGAGAAGCCGGAGCUACGGGGACCACAUGCAGCUCCUCGGCCCCCUCUCUCUCUUGGUAAUCACGUGCUUCCUUCUCGACUUGUUCAAGAGAUUCUCCCACCUCCUGAUCGGUCUAUCCGUCUCGCAAUGCGCGUCGCUGUUGAAGUUACUGAGCAGCGGGAGCGAUGGCGAGGACGGCAUUUCGGCGAUCCAAUGCUCCCGCCGGGUCUUCACCGCCGUCGCCCUCGUGCUGAUUGCGCGAUUAGGGCUCAAGGCCUUGCCGUUUGGCCUCAGCAGCAAAGAGAUUGUCCGAUUCUUGUGUGAAUUCAAGCGAAAAGCAAGUGAAUUAGGAGAUUCAGAUGAAGUUUCUCGAAAUCGCUCGCCGAAAUCGAACGAAUCGGCGACCGGUAAAGCGCUCGUGAGAGGAAUUGCGGGCAAAGCCAAGGAACUCGUGGAAGAAGACGAUGAGGGCGAGGAGGAUAGAGAAUGUUCGUGUCCGGAGGAUGAAGCGUUCGACGUUCUAGCGCUGAGGAAGAUGGUGAAGAUCGAGAGGCGGAGAGCGAUCGCGGCGUCAAUGGAGCUCGAGAAGGAGCGGAUCGCGGCAGCAUCGGCGGCGGACGAAGCAAUGUCGCUGAUACUGAGGCUGCAGAGCGAGAAGAGCUCGGUCGAGCUGAGAGCCAAUCAGGACCGCCGGCUGGCGGAGCAGAAGCAGCAGUACGACUGGGAAGUGAUCGAGUCGCUCCGGUGGAUGGCGGCGAGCCACGAGGAGCGGCGGAGGGCUUUGGAAGGCCGGUUGAGGUCGUGCAGGCGGAGGUUGAGGAUGCGCGCGGGCGGCGAUGGGGGCUCGAGCGGCGUUGAAGGCGAGAGUUGUUGUUUCGGCGGCGGUUCAGAAGAGAGCGUGGGCGAUGCAGCUCCGAGGAAUGGAGAUGGGGAUGAAGAAGUUGAAGAAGAAGAAGAAGAGGAGGAGGAGACAAGGAGUAUCGAUGAUGUACUGAUCAGCUCGCUCGAGCUUGAUUCGUUGAUCGAGGAAUGAUCUCUAACUUUCUCUGCAUUUCGCCGCCCACCGUCCUUUUUUCGGCUUAAGCAAUAACAGUCCUUCCA